CUCUUUUUGGGACGCACUGUUGCAUUAUAUACAUGGAAUAAUUUAGUUACAUCAUAAAGUUAUUAUUUUUGGAGUUUUCACGAAUUUUCGCAUCUGAAAACCCAUUUAAUGUGAUAAAUUGGUUUAUCUGUGGCCAGGUGAACUCAUGUGGUAGCGCCAGGGAGUAAAAGUGUGCGGGAAAAGGGUCAAAAGUGUGUGAAAAAGUCGUCACGGGGGCCAAGGAAAUGUCAAAUACAGAUAAGAAGUUGCCCCAAAAAUUGCACUGAAUCCUUUUGUGAAUCCGGUCACGUUAUCAGGGAACUGAUAAGGAUCUUAUAAAUCUAAAUUGAUAAACUUUUUCUAUUAUUUUUUUUUUCAUUUGAAAAUUGUUUUCUUGCUGCUUUGUUAAUUUAAUUUUCAUAUAAUUUUCUUUAGUUUAAGUUUUUCACAUUUUUUUUGUAUCAGUCCUGCGCAGUACAAAGGACUAAACACGUUUCAAAGGGACUCUUUCACUUUAAUUUGGGAGAGAGUUUGUAAAUUAAAUUUUGAAAAGAUUUUGGAGAUAAAAACAAGGGAAAAGAAAUAAAGUUAAUGGCUGCUUAUUUGAAUCGCACACUAUCGAUGGUGACGGGCAAUGGAUCCACCAUCUCCUACGACACAUCCUCGCUGGCGGAAACACGGGGCCUGCACAAUACGGCCAACGAUGUGUCCCCCCUGCAGAUCUUUGUGCGUGCAAAGAAGAAGAUAAACGACAUUUUUGGUGAAAUUGAGGAGUAUGUUGUGGAAACAACGAGAUUCAUCGAUAGCGACCAGCCUGGGGAGCUGGAUAUUAUAGAUAAGUACGAGAAGGAGGCAUUCAGUAGCUAUGUGCACAAAGUUGCCGGCAUUCGGGAAGUUCUGGCACGAGAUCACAUGAAAGUAGCCUUCUUCGGGCGCACUUCCAACGGCAAGAGUUCCGUCAUCAAUGCCAUGCUGCGCGAGAAAGUUCUCCCGAGUGGAAUUGGUCAUACAACCAACUGCUUCUGCCAGGUGGAGGGUGUGGACGGGCAUGAAGCUUACCUGGUGAAGGAGGGAUCUGAAGAGAAGCUAAAUGUCGUGUCAGUUCAGCAACUCGCCAAUGCCCUGAGCCAGGAAAAGUUAAAUGAAUCCUCAUUAAUACGAAUUUUCUGGCCACGAGAGAGAUGCUCCCUCCUACGGGAUGAUGUGGUCUUCAUGGAUUCACCAGGUGUCGAUGUGUCGCCCAAUUUAGACGACUGGAUCGACAAUCAUUGCCUCAAUGCCGACGUUUUUGUCCUCGUUCUCAAUGCUGAGUCCACAAUGACUAUUGCCGAAAAAUCAUUUUUCCACGAAGUCUCUCAACGACUUUCGAAACCAAACAUUUUCAUUCUCAACAAUCGAUGGGAUGCCUCAGCGAAUGAACCUGAAUUCCAGGAGUCGGUGAAAGCUCAGCAUACAGAGCGUUGCAUUGACUUCCUAACGAAAGAGCUGAAGGUAUCACUGCCCAAGGAGGCCGAUGAACGGGUAUUCUUCGUAUCUGCACGUGAAACACUUCAGGCACGUCUGAAGGAGGCUCAGGGGCAACCAGCUCAUCUUGGUGCCAUUGCCGAUGGCUUCCAGAAUCGCUAUUUUGAAUUCCAAGAUUUUGAGCGCAAAUUCGAGGAAUGCAUCUCAAAGAGUGCCGUCAAGACGAAAUUUGAGCAACACAGCCGCGGUGGGAAGCAAAUUGCCAAGGAUAUGAUUUCCAUGCUGGACAACAUUUACGAUCGAGCGGCAUGCCUGCGGACACAGAAGCUCGAGCAUAAGCGUAUGCUGAUUGAGCGCAUUAACAACACAGGACAGCAAUUGACGCAGGUGACGCAUGAGAUGAAGUCAAAAAUUCACUCAAUGGUCGAAGAGGUGGAGCAGAAGGUGGCAAAGGCGCUCAAUGAGGAAAUUUGGCGUCUCGGUGUUCUUGUCGAUGAAUUCCCACUGCCCUUCCACACAGAUCCCGUGGUUCUCAAUAUCUACAAACGCGAAAUGAAUGCGCACGUUGAACAGGGACUCGGUGCUAAUCUCCGGGCGCGCCUCUCAACUGCCAUGGCGAUGAAUAUGGAAACGGCUCAGCGCGAGAUGACGGAGAAGAUUCAUUCGCUCCUCCCGGGAGAGGUGUUAAACCAAAAAAUCACCCCCUUCGCUGUGCGUCAGCAACCCUUUGAGAUGUUCUACACGUUGAAUUGUCAGAAUUUAUGCGCGGACUUCCAAGAAGAUCUGGAAUUCAGAUUUACAUGGGGAAUCGGUGCCAUCCUACAGAGAAUUGGUAACCGAAUGAAGGACAAGAAGGGCAAUGAGAAGACUCUCAUGAUUACCCGUCAGAGCAGUCAAUCGAGCUUGCCCCCUGUCCUAUCGCCAAUGUCAGACCAACCAGACGGACCGAAUUCCCUGGUGCCUUAUGGAGGUGGAAAUAUCACACCUGAACAGUUGUCCGUAAUUUCCAACAUGAUGGUAGCCACAAUGGGGUCCCAUGGCACUGUUGGUGGAAUAAUCGUGUCCGGGCUACUGAUGAAGGCCAUCGGAUGGCGCGUUCUCAUUGGCAUUGGCGUCGUCUACGGCUGCGUGUACCUCUAUGAGCGUCUUUCGUACACAAAUUCAGCCAAGAAGAGACGUUUCAAGAGCCAAUACGUCAAACAUGCCACCAAGAAAUUGAAACUCAUCGUAGAUCUCACAUCCGCCAAUUGUAGUCAUCAAGUUCAGCAGGAACUGACGAGUACUUUUGCACGACUCUGUCGCACUGUUGAUGCAGCAUCGUCGGAGAUGAAUGAGGAUUUACGUGCGGUGGAGAGUCUCCUCAAUCAGCUGGAGGCGAAUCAGAAGCAAAUGAAGUUGCUCCGCAAUAAGGCCAAUUACAUAACGAAUGAAUUGGAAAUCUUCGAGAAUAACUACAUCAAAUCCAACUGAGAUGAAAAUUCAAUGCAAAAAUAUCCAAUUAGGUAACCAUUCAAAGCUUAUUUCUUUUACCAAAAAAAAAAACAUAAAGAAGUAAAGAAAAUAUUACAUCCUGUUGAUAUCGGGAAUUUAUAAAUUGUAUAAAGAUAAAAAAUAUGGAAUUAGAAAAUCGAAUGAUAAACAUUUUACUGAUAAAUUAGUUCCAAUUUUAAUCUAUGCAGCAAUCAAAGAUGAAGUGGAAAAAAAAUCGCAUGUGAUUUUAUCUUUACGCGAUAUCUCUUAGGAUUUCUGCACCAGAGAGCAGCUUAGAGAUUAAAUAAACAAAAAGUUAUUAAAUGAUAUUGAAGUGAUUAGAUAUUGUAGUAUGUUAGAUAAAUUCUUGAUGAAUAGAAUUGUUUAAGAAAAAGAAGUAAAAAAGAACCUUUUAAGUUGAACAACAAAAUCUCUAAAUUAAAAUGUACGAUAUUGACAAU